GUAACACCAAUGAUCAUAUGAUUGUUCAAUGAAGAAGCACGUCUGAUAGGCGUCGACAUACUUUUUCUAGCCAGUGUUUUAAUUUCAGGCUGAAUAUCGGCCGUUUUACGUGUGUGGUGUUAUAAAAUAACCAUCAGCCAUGGCGCUCAGCGACGCAGAUGUUCAAAAACAGAUCAAGCAUAUGAUGGCCUUCAUCGAACAAGAGGCAAAUGAAAAGGCUGAAGAAAUCGAUGCUAAGGCAGAGGAGGAGUUCAACAUUGAGAAGGGUCGUCUGGUGCAACAGCAGCGACUCAAGAUCAUGGAGUACUAUGAAAAGAAAGAAAAACAAGUUGAACUCCAGAAAAAGAUCAAUUCCUCGAACAUGCUGAACCAAGCUCGUCUGAAGGUGCUCAAAGUACGUGAGGAUCAUGUACGUAAUGUACUAGAUGAGGCACGCAAGCGCCUGGCUGAGGUGCCCAAGGACACCAAGCUGUAUUCCGAACUCCUUGUCACACUUAUGGUCCAGGCUCUCUUCCAGCUCAUAGAGCCAGCAGUAACGAUCCGCGUGCGACAGGUAGACAAGGCCCUUGUUGAGUCACUGUUAGGCAGGGCUGCACAGGACUACAAGGCAAAGAUCAAGAAAGACGUGCAACUCAAGAUUGACACUGAGAACUUCCUGUCACCUGACACCUGCGGUGGUGUGGAGCUCAUUGCUGCUAGGGGUCGCAUCAAGAUUUCCAACACUCUCGAGUCGCGCCUGGAACUGAUUGCCGCACAGCUGUUGCCAGAAAUCCGUACAGCCCUGUUUGGCCGCAAUCCUAACCGCAAAUUCACCGACUAGACUAAACUCCACGGUGACUAUACCCACACUUGUUAUCACUAACAACUUAUUUAAAUUUAAAAAAAAAUAUAUCUUAGAAACUAAAAUAAUGUUAUAAUAAGUGUUUUUUCCUUUGCCUAAUUAAUUAUUAUAUAAUAAUAAUAUUAUAAUGCGUACAAUUUUAUCGCCGUUUAGAAUGUAUCAUAAAUGAAACAGUUAAGUCGUCAGAAAGUGUAUUACGUGUCGUCAUGUGAUUAUGCUGAUGCCUGGAUUGAUUUGAACCGAAAGAUUCUUUACAAAGGACGAACCAGCUAUCCUGGUAAAGAAUAUAAGAUUUACUAUACUUUUAUAAACACAUAUCUGAUCCACAGACUAAAAGACAAUAAAAAUAGACAGUAUUUAUAUAAUAAGACGUCCAGUAGUAAAUCUCACCAUCUGAACGUUUUUCGAUGCAACACUAUGCAUGUCACACAUCAAUUGCUUGGUUUUGAUUUUUAAAAACCAUUUUUUUAUGAAAGCUCAGCCCAACUUUUUCCUUUAGUCUGUGGUCUAUAACACAUCUAUAUUGCAGGGAAUGUGGUACAUUUUUAACUAAGUAUAAAAUACAUUUUCUUCUCGUAACUGUACAUUAGUUUCGCCUUAAAUGUAUCUUGAUAUGAGUAUUUUAAAAUAUGUUAUUAUUACAAUUCAUUCAUAAUGUUAUAGACCGAUUAGAGGUAGUAUAUAGGAUUUUGAAAAAAAGUGUAUUUAAAAAAUAAUUAAGAAAUAAUGUAUCUGUAUACACCAUAAUAUAACCUUAAUAUUCCAUACCAUAGAAUGUAUGAAAAUACAGAAGUGUACACACCUUUAUCCAAACAGUAUUAUAAUAUAAAGCACAAGAUACACCUCUUUGUAGUGUCAAAGUGAUGUGUUUCAUGUUUAUUAAAAUAAAAACUCAUGUUUAUUAAAUUUUCAGAUCCUAUGUUUUAAGCUUCAUACAUGUUUAUCUAAUCAGAAGGAAUUAUUGGUGGCUGUAAGAUUUUCGUCUGACAGCAGCAUCCUAUGCUGUGUUCACUUAAAUUGAAGCAAAGAUUUAACUGGUUGCAGUGUAGUGUCACACUGAAACCUUGCAGUACCACAAUAGAUUCCUUCUUUGUUCCUUCCUGGCAAAUAUGUUUGGACUUGCUUUUGAAUACAUAUUGAGCACUGUAGCUCUAAAAAUUAUGUAUGUAUAUAUUAUAUUAUGAUUCCAACUAUUGCACUGUUAAAUUUCUUAUGUAAAUAUAUAGAUGUGUUAAAAA